AUUCGCACGACACGUACACAUAAGAGCGCGCGAACCGAACGAUCUUUUUUCUCUCCCGGAAAUCUGGUCGACGUUGAACGUCGGGCUCGAAGCUUUUGUGAAAUGUCAAGCACCGUACAUUAUGAUGGGUUGAAUGUGUUCGGGAAAACUGUCAGACUGUUGGCGAACGAUAGAGCACGAGUCGAAAGCAGAGGCGAACCAGUGAGAGGAAUAGCACGGACGGGGAAAAGUGGGAGUGAAAGUGGAAAAAUUCGCUUUUUCGAAAUUACAAGGGGAACAAAGGCACGCUCUUAGUGACACGUUCAGCUGCUGAUGUUUCGCGGGAACGAUGGAGCCCGAGGAACCUCUGUUACAAGGGAUCCUGCUGUUACCACCGCAGGGAAUGUUAGGCCAACUCAAGAAAUCUUGGCAUAAGCGAUUCUGUCAGCUGUUUAGAACUAGUAACUAUGGGAUCAAACGUGUAGAAAUUUAUGAUAACCAGGAGGAGGCUGUAUUGCAGUUGCAUACUCCACGUAUCAUUACCUUAGACACAUGCAUCAAGAUUGCACCUAGCAACCAGUCACAUGUAUUUACAGUUGUGACUAAGUCAGGGAUCCAUUACUUUGGAUGUUAUUCAGAAUCUGAUAUGAGUCAUUGGAUUACUGCAUUUCAGCUAGUAGCAUUUAAAGAUAGUGUGUCUAAUCAGACAAUAGAAGAAAACAAUGACUUAUACUGUACCAGUGGAGAAGGAGUGUUUUCUGUCAAAGUUGUGGAAACAGAUGCAUCUAAACGUUGUGGCUUAGAAAGUAGGAACUAUACACUUGUUGUAGCUGCAGUUGAUAUUAAAUUAAUGGAUGGUGAUGUGGUUCUGUUCACUUGGCCAUAUCGGUAUAUCAGAAGAUAUGGUUACAAAGAUGGAAAGUUCAUUUUUGAAGCAGGAAGAAAGUGUGAAUCUGGAGAAGGCUCUUUUCGCUUAGAGCACGGUAGCCAGCAGGAGAUUUUUCGAUGCAUGUAUUCCAAGAUGAGAUCAAUGAAAAAAUUAAUGAACGAAGAAAGUACUCCAAGCAUUGAGUGCAAUGAUGCUCAGUACCAUGCAGCCUUAUCUAUGGAGGCCGGUUCCAGAGCAGCAUUACCCCCUUCUCCAAAUAGUUCUGGUAAUUUAAUUGACAUUGAUUUUUCACCGCAAAAUUCUCAAAAACAGUCGAGCUCCUCAUCAAACUUGGACACUAGCUUAUCCUCUAAACCUUCUUUAUCUCUUGUUAAACCAAAACCCGCAAAACCACCGCGAAAAUAUAUUUUCACGGGUUUAUUGGACAAGAAAAACGUAGAUCCCGAAAUAUCAGACUUACCUUCGUGCGGAGAAUAUAAGACAUUAAACAGAGAUAAUUCUCCAGAGUUAUCUCAGAAAACAAUAGGAAGCUCCAUACUUGAUGAUGAAGAGAGACACCCUUAUGAUUUAGUAGAAGUAAGAAAUGACGCUUGGAAAACGCAUGGUAUUGAUAAUAUACAUCACACAGAAAGACCAAACUCGUUGAUACAUAGCGACAAGGACAAAGAAAACGAGGAUGAUUUUCAAUAUGAAACAAUGAUGCCUGUUAUGUCGUCCCAAAGCUCGUCAAAGAGUAAGUCUAGUAUUACGGAUAAUCCAGUGACUUCGGCGACGAUGAACCAUAUGCCUUGUAAACCCAAUGACGAACCUGAUUACGAUAAGUUGGAGCAUUUCGGCUCUGCUACUAAAAUUAAUCAAAAGGGUACAUAUAAAUUCGGAAAUUUUAGCAGUGCUUCUCAAAAUUCACAUUCCAAUGUUUCCCUAAAUACUUCCGUAGUCGAUACUAAUACCGCAUGGUCUAAUUAUGAUAUUGUCGAAGAUAUGUCCGCUGUUAGGUUAGCAGAUGAUAGUCACCUUGGUUAUGGUGUUAUUAGAAAGAAAACGAAUCAUUCUGAAACUGGGUCUACCAACAGCAGUAUGGGUCCAAAGCAUAAAGUUUUUAAUAAUAGCGAAUAUGCAAUUGUAUCAAAACCAAAAAGGGUAUAA